AUGGCUUCUGAGGUUACAGCAAGGCAAUUUAGUCCUCUGAAACGCUUAGAGCCUCCCUCCAAUUCAUAUUACAAGAUGACUCAGAAGCAGCACGAGGGUCUGCUCAAGAGAAUGUAUAUGCCUUUUGUGAGAGGACCAGAGGACAGGCAUUAUUUUCCUAGUUUUGAAGACAAGUACAGUCAUUCUUUUCUCAAAUCCAAUCCGUACACUCCGCCUGAAGAGAAAAACUACCCUUUUGCUCCACACCGGGAUGAUGUGCCAGCCGUUAACACCUUCUCAGGAUUUGUGAGCCCAGGAGCUGACGCUGACCAGAAUGUAUCCUCCGGUACAAUCCCUGAAUCCCCUAAGGGUGGCAGAGACGCACCACUUCCUCAGCAAGCCGUACCUGUCCCGCACAGGAGAGCUGAGACUUCAUGUGGAAGGCCUGCCCUGCUACUGAAAGGGCUAAACCAAGACCGACGCUGGAACUCCCGAUGGGUGCCAGAAGUUUCUCUCAAGGCACAAGCUGCAAAAUGGAUAAAUCCUGUAAAAGUUAUGCCUGUUCUACCUGAAGUUAAAGAAUGUUUCUCACCGCAUACGUUUAUAUUUAAAGAGGACUCAGGCGCUAAGUCAAGUGAUCCUUCCUCUGAAGCCUGCCAAGAUGAGAAAGCCCGGAAGUAUAUGUAUACCUCGGCGACACAAAGCGGAUAUGAAGACGUUCCUUGGGACAGAAUGUUACUACCCAAGCCCCAGAUAGAUCCAACUCUAGAAGCCAUGACUGAUUGUGUGUCCCAGUGUUUUAAACUAAAGCGAUACGAAGCAGCACCAGAAAUAAGCCAAGUUGCCGGAGGCCUCUGGGACAGAUUUCAGACAAGAUCCUUCACUGUACCCCACAAGCCAAUUAAUUUCGUCAGCCCAAGUUCUCGAACUGAGCAAAUCCCUUUGUAUACAGGCCAUAUUGGUGCGGAGAAUUUUGACGAUGUUGACAAUGCGAAUGUUGACUUAAUUAUGCAUGGCAAAGUUCGUACCGUAAAGCCUUGCUACGUGAAAUCGUCUUACGCUCUCAACACCUCUGGAUACACCGGCAAGGUUCACUGGUCAGCUACCCAACCAGCAAAUUCUAAUCUUCCACCAACAUCGCCAUCCACAAUUUCACGAAUGCAUGGGCACAUGGUUAAGCAAGGGCAGCCAACUAAAUUUCCACAUCUGGGCCCCUUGUCACAGCUUGUUACACCCACUGAACCUCAAAACUCUUUUAAUAAGAAGGUGAAAGAAAGAAUUAAAAUUUGA